AAAAAAAUCCUCUGAAUUGUAAAGUGUUGUAUUGUUUUCUUUUAUAUUUUCCUAUAAAACUAAUUUGUUUACGAGACGUAAUUAUUAUGUGUUGCUUAAAAUUAAGAAUCAAGUUAACAGCAAAAUAAUGUUUUAAAUAAAUAAUCAAAGAGGUAGAUAAAUAAAAUGGCUUUUAAUAUUAAAGACUUGUGUCGAUUAUGUGCCAGGAAAAACGAGUUUUCCAAAGAUUUGUUAGAUACCGCCAAUCAUAAUGUUCUUAAAAUGGUUCUAGGAUACAUAGAAAUAUCAAUUAAUAAUAAUGAUGAUUUACCAUCUAAAGUUUGUAUAAACUGUGAAGAAAAAGUUACAUCUUUCCAACUUUUUGUUGUGGAGUGUUUGAAAGUACAGGAAACUUUAAAAAGAAUGGUUUUAGAUAAUGUAUGUAAUGAACCUCUAAUAAAACUUGAACAAAGGAUUGACAAUUACUCAUACACCUUACCUGAGAUUAAAUCCGAAGUUAAAGAUGAAUUACAAACUGACGAAUUGACAAGUGAACUAAACAGUAAUGAAUUAUUAGUUGAAAUGAAUUGUGAUGAAUUAAAUAAUGAUAAGUAUGAUAGUGAUGUUGGCAGUGAUUUGAGUGAUGUAGCACUGGCAACGCUGAAGGAGGCUAAGGAUGAAAAGAAAAAUAAAAUAUUAACAGAGGAAGAGGCCAACAUAUUCAAGAACGUUUUAAAAAAAAGACACCUCACUAUAAAAGAUUUUGUCAAAUUAAAAUGUGAAGAAUGUGAGAAUUGUAUGAAGACUUGGACUGCUUUGUGGUGUCAUUAUUAUACUAUACAUAAAACCAGGCCAUACUUGUAUUGUAUAUGUGGAUUUGUUAUAACAUCGAAGAUAGCUUUAUACAGACAUGUGUCCGACCAUAAAGAGGAAGCGAGGAAAUAUAGGAAAAUGGAUAUAGGAACAGAAAAACAGAAUGAGAAGUACUCCAAUUAUAAUGUCAAUGAUUUUGUUAAGUUUACAUGUUUGUUAUGUGAAAGAGAGUGCACAAGUUGGUAUACACUGAAGGCUCACUGCGAACGAAUUCACAGGAUCAAGCCGGAGGUCAGAUGUGUCUGUGGAGUUAGUCUUAGGUCCAAAUCAGUAUUGUACAAACAUAUACAGGAUCAUAAGAAUCCUGAUGUUAUAUGUUGUGAUAAAUGUCCAAGAAUAUCAAAGUCUGAAGCUGCGAUGGCCAAACAUAAAUUAAGACACAUACCAAAGUCAGAGAGGAAGUUUAAUUGUAAUUCUUGUGAUAAAUUCUUUAAUUCAAAGGAACUUUUGAAAUCCCAUGCGAAAUCUCACAUACCGAUAGAAGAAAGAAAAAUAUACCGUUGUGAUAUAUGUUUCUUAAAGUUCACAACCCGGUCUUCGUGUGCGUCUCACAAGCGUAUAGUCCACGACAAGAUCAAGAGCUACGUGUGUGACCUGUGUGGGUACGCGUGUGGUACCGGCGGGGAACUGAGACAACACACGGCCAUACACAGCGAGGAUAAACCCUUCACAUGCAUCAAGUGUUACAAGUCGUUCAAGACGUACUCCAAUCUGAAGACCCACAUGGACACUCACGAAGACACCUCGUACGCGUGUCACGUUUGUAACAGAGUACUGAACAGUCGCAGGACGUUGAGGAAACAUCUUCUAGUGCAUGAGGACAAAUGUCAACAUGUCUGCUCCUACUGCAACAAAGCCUUCAAGAGACGGCAGACCUUGAAGGUGCACAUGCACACACACACCGGGGACAAGCCGCUCAGCUGUAAGUGGUGCGACGAACGUUUCUCAUACGCCUCCACGCUUCGCUCGCACCGUUUAAGAUGUCACCCGGACAAGAUGGCGGCCAGGUAUCCGCCAUAUCACCUUACACAGGAGGGAUACCUUAAAUCUGAUGCAGCUCCCGUCAUGAAGGGCGACUUGGAGGCUAUACAGUAGUUUAACAAAAAAUUAUUUCAUUGUCAAAAUUGUAUAAGUGAUAUUUUAUUACAUUAUUUUUCUUUUUAAAUCAAAUACACAUUGAAACUGA